GAAAUAAAACCGCUUUACCUAAGGCACGACCAUCCUGGAGCCUCUGAUAUAUUGGAAAGCAAUUUAGUACAGAAGAACCCGUUUCCUUUUGACAUUCAUCAACCGGGACACCAGUCGAGCAUAAAGGAGAGAGUGAAAGCGUUUAUCUCUGGUAGAGGAACGAGCUACGAUGCGGCUGUGAAAUAUAUGGCCUCCUUCUUUGCAUUUUGGGCCCUUAAAUUCUACCAACUUGUUGCAGAACAAGCAGCUGAACAUGAUGUAGCCGCGGUGCGGCUUCUGCAGAGGAUUCGAACUUGGUAUCACAUCCUCCAUGAUUGGCGAACAUCGGAGAAUUCGGAGGAAAAUGAUUUUGUAGAAAGAAUGGCUUCAUCCAGCAAUGAUCCGUUUCUUCUU